AUGGCGUUCUUUCGGCAGGUUUGGACUCUGUUUGUGAAAAACGUCCUGAUUACGCUCGUUCGCCCGUGGUUGACGACAUCCAUCCGAGCCUUUCUUUUGCCAGUCGUCUUCGUGGCAUUUCUAUCUUAUGCUCGAAAUCUAUUCAUUCCACCCGCGAAAUUUGGUAUCGGUGAACCGACUCCCAUCCGCUCUUUACCCAAUGCUCUCGAUGCGGUCUCUGGCGGGAGAGACAAAGUCGUGUUCGUCAACAGUGGCUUCACAGGCGGAGCCAUCGAUCGUGUUAUCGCCCAGGUUGCCGAACCCGUCAGGUCAAGUGGGAAGAAGGUGGAAAUCCUCUCUUCUCCCGACCAAUUAGCCGAUUCCUGCAAAAGUACAUUGCUUGGAACGAGUUACUGUAUCGCAGCUGCGGUUUUCUAUGCGUCUCCCACUGAAGACCUGGCCAACAUUGGAACUAUACGCUCAAGGCAGAUGGCAGCUUGGGAGGCGGCAAGAUCCGGACCACAGACACCGACAACGAUGCUCAGAUAUACGUCCUGCCAUUCCAGCAUGCGGUGGACUGGGCCAUCGCGUCUGUUGACGACACCAGUGAUGGUGCUUCUCCUGCAGAGGCUGUUUGUAACCCGUGCAAGCUGA